CCGGCGAGGCGGCGGCGCGGGCCGGGGCGAUGCCGCACUUCACCGUGGUGCCGGUGGAGGGCCAGCCGCGCGCCGACUACGACAGCCUGGAGGGGCUCCGCCGCGUGGACUACAGCGAGCCCGGCGGCUCCGACGGGGCGCGGCGCGCCUCCCGCCAGCGCGACGUCUACGACUCGCUCAGCUCCGACGGUCAUGGCAACCAUAAAGAAAGCAGUCCUUUCCUUAGCACCUCUGACCUCGGCAAAGGAGGAGACUACUAUGACAGAAAUCUGGCCUUGUUUGAGGAAGAACUGGAUAUUCGCCCGAAAGUCUCUUCUCUGCUUGGGAAACUGGUCAGCUACACAAACCUCACGCAGGGCGCCAAGGAACAUGAGGAAGCAGAAAGCGCCGAAGGCUCCCGGAGAAAAGUAUCCAAAUCGCCCAGCAUGGGGACCCUGAUGGGGGUCUACCUGCCUUGCAUGCAGAACAUCUUCGGGGUCAUCCUCUUCCUCCGACUGACGUGGAUCGUGGGCACAGCUGGAGUGAUCCAGUCCUUCCUCAUCGUGCUGAUCUGCUGCUGUUGUACACUUCUGACGGCCAUAUCAAUGAGCGCCAUUGCAACAAAUGGAGUCGUCCCAGCUGGCGGCUCCUACUUCAUGAUCUCCAGGUCGCUGGGCCCUGAAUUUGGUGGAGCUGUGGGGCUCUGUUUUUACUUGGGGACGACCUUCGCAGGUGCGAUGUACAUCCUUGGUGCCAUUGAAAUCCUGCUGACGUACAUCUUUCCCCAAGCGGCCAUUUUCCACCCCACCGGCGCCCAUGACGCUUCCAGCACCACCCUGAACAACAUGCGAGUGUACGGGACAUUAUUCCUCACAUUAAUGGUGGUGGUGGUCUUUGUGGGGGUGAAAUACGUGAACAAACUCGCGUCGCUCUUCUUGGCCUGCGUCAUAAUAUCCAUCUUAUCCAUCUAUGCUGGAGCGAUCAAAUCUAUCUUUGAUCCACCUGUUUUUCCCGUGUGUGUGCUCGGCAACAGGACUUUGUCAAGGGACCACUUUGAUGUCUGUGCCAAGACGACAGUGGUUGGCAACGAUACGGCGCCCUCCAACCUGAUGAAGCUCUUCUGCCCCGGUAACAGCACUGCUUCCGGACACUGCGAUAAGUACUUUGAGCUGAAUAAUGUUACUGAGAUUCCAGGAAUUCCCGGAGCUGCAAGUGGAAUUUUGAAAGAUAAUAUCUGGAGCAAUUACAUGGAGAAAGGAGAGAUCCUGGAGAAAGCUGGUCGCCCUUCGGUUGAAGCGGCCGGGCACAAAAACAACCUUCACCUUUACGUUUACGCAGACAUUGCAACCUCCUUCAUGGUGCUUAUUGGCAUCUUCUUCCCUUCAGUGACAGGGAUCAUGGCAGGCUCAAACCGAUCUGGAGAUCUCAAAGACGCCCAGAAGUCUAUUCCCUUUGGAACCAUCCUUGCGAUCGUCACCACUUCUCUUGUCUAUUUCAGCUGUGUGAUCCUGUUUGGCGCUUGCAUUGAAGGGGUUGUGCUUAGAGAUAACCCGCAGAUGUUUUUGCCGUGCAGUGCACACAAGUUGCAAAAUUCAGCUGGUCUUGGUGCAAACUUGAGAGUACAGAAGAUGUGCCAAGCUGCUUCCGUGGUUACCCCCAGCCAAAUAAGAUACGGCGACGCGGUGAACAAGAACCUGGUGGUUGGCACCCUGGCCUGGCCCUCGCCGUGGGUCAUCGUGAUAGGCUCCUUCUUCUCUACAUGUGGGGCAGGUCUGCAGAGCCUCACGGGUGCCCCACGGCUGCUGCAGGCGAUUGCCAAGGACAACAUCAUCCCCUUCCUGCGGGUGUUUGGCCACGGGAAGGCGAACGGUGAGCCGACAUGGGCCCUCCUGCUGACCACGCUGAUUGCCGAGCUCGGCAUCCUCAUCGCCUCCCUUGACAUGGUGGCCCCGAUCCUCUCGAUGUUUUUCUUGAUGUGCUACCUGUUCGUCAACUUGGCCUGCGCAGUGCAAACGCUCUUGAGGACUCCAAACUGGCGGCCCAGAUUUAAGUACUACCACUGGGCCUUGUCAUUUUUAGGAAUGAGCAUCUGCCUUGCCUUGAUGUUCAUCUCCUCCUGGUAUUAUGCUUUAGUGGCAAUGUUCAUUGCAGGCAUGAUUUAUAAGUACAUCGAAUACCAGGGGGCAGAGAAGGAAUGGGGUGAUGGGAUCCGCGGUCUUUCCUUGAGUGCCGCCCGAUAUGCCUUGCUGAGACUGGAGGAAGGGCCCCCACACACCAAGAACUGGAGGCCCCAGCUGCUGGUGCUUCUGAAGCUGGACGAAGAUCUGCAUGUGAAGUACCCCCGGCUGCUCACCUUUGCUUCCCAGCUGAAGGCAGGCAAGGGGCUGACCAUCAUUGGGACGGUGAUACAAGGCAACUUCCUGGAGAGCUACGGAGAAGCCCAGGCUGCUGAGCAGACCAUCAAGAACAUGAUCGAAAUCGAGAAGGUGAAAGGAUUUUGUCAAGUAGUCGUGGCAAAUAAAGUCCGCGACGGCAUUGCUCACUUGAUACAGUCAUGCGGCCUGGGCGGCAUGAAGCACAACACGGUGGUCUUGGGCUGGCCAUAUGGCUGGAGACAGAGUGAAGACCCCCGGGCCUGGAAGACCUUUAUAGACACCGUGCGUUGCACGACGGCAGCCCACCUUGCACUGCUGGUGCCUAAAAACGUGUCCUUCUACCCCGGCAAUCACGAGCGCUACAACGAGGGGAGCAUCGACGUCUGGUGGAUCGUGCACGACGGAGGCAUGUUGAUGCUGCUCCCCUUUCUACUCAAGCAGCACAAAGUUUGGCGAAAGUGCAAGAUGCGGAUUUUCACUGUAGCCCAGAUUGAUGACAACAGCAUCCAAAUGAAGAAAGACUUGGCAACCUUCCUCUACCACCUCCGAAUAGAGGCUGAAGUGGAGGUCGUGGAGAUGCAAAACAGCGACAUUUCGGCGUACACCUAUGAGCGGACUCUAAUGAUGGAGCAGAGGUCCCAGAUGUUGCGGCAGAUGAGGCUGACAAAAACGGAACGAGAGAGGGAGGCCCAGCUGGUGAAGGACAGACAUUUGAUCAUCAGGCUGGAGAGCCUCUACUCUGACGAGGAAGAUGAGGGGGAAGCCGUGCCAGAGAAGAUCCAAAUGACCUGGACGAAGGACAAGCAUGCCUCUGAGAAAGGGAUCCGUAACAGUGCAGCGGAGAACUUCAAAGAGCUCAUCAGCAUUAAACCCAACCAGUCGAACGUCCGGAGGAUGCACACUGCUGUGAAGCUGAACGAAGUAAUUGUAAACAGGUCCCAUGAUGCCCGGCUUGUUCUUCUCAACAUGCCCGGCCCUCCAAAGAACACGGAUGGAGAUGAAAACUACAUGGAAUUUCUCGAGGUCCUGACCGAAGGCUUGGAGCGAGUGCUACUUGUCCGAGGUGGAGGCCGGGAAGUCAUCACCAUUUACUCUUGAUCCAGAUUGGACAAUGUACGCCACCAUCUUUCUCCAAGUCGAAAGAACAUUCCAGUUUGAUCAUGACUUUUCUCUUUCUGUGCCUCCAUUUCUACAAGAUCUGUCUGCCACAAGUAUAUACAACAUACUGUGGAGCUAAAUACAAGUUCCAGUGUUUUUUUCCCACAGUUGCAACAUAUACAUCUGUUUUUGAGUGCCGUGGUGUUGCACCAAUUCUACUGGCAAGAUUUUUAAUCAUGUUGCUGUAAUGCAGCUCCGUUUCUGCUUUCAUACUCCAGUGACUGUGUGUGGUUUUAAUGCUGAUUAUUUUUUAGAACACAAAUGUGCAGAAUUUCUAGUAAAGGUAUGCAAUAUAUUAGGACUGAACUUAACUUUUGCAAUAGGAGGUAGGGGAAAACCUUUACAGAGAAGCUUGUGUCUGCUGCUGCAGAUCCUCUGCAUUUUCUAAGAUAAACACACAAAAGAACCAGCACUUUUUUUAAAACGCACACUCUCUCUCUCUCUCUCUUUGGACUGAUCUCUAGAACUUCAAUUUGAGUAUGGGCUAAGAAUUUAUACAUCGAGAUACACAUUUUAAAUUAUAAUUACGUAUGUACAAUGGUGUACAAGGGAUUUGUGGGCCUCUGGUUAGAGCAGUCCCUUCUUUCUCCCUUAUUUAUUUUUUCUAUUUAUUUGAUAGGAACAGUGACAGUAACAAAGCCAGUCAUCUAGACAAACGAUUGUACCCCACUGCCUGCAGGCUAUUUUUACUUUAAACAGACUGUAUAAUAUACAUACAACUGUUUGAUUAGAGGUUGUAUAGGUUUCUUCAAACUAAAUCAAAAAGUUACUUCUGUAUCACUCUACUCUGUCUCAGAUAAUUUGCAGGCUGCUAUGAUAAGAAAUGUGCAGGUCAUUUGUAAUGUCAACACACGUUAUGGGGUUACCGCUGGAUACAGAUUGAUAGGUGCUGACUUUAGGAACAAACCCCCUUUUUAUAAUUAGGAACACCUAAACUGUUUUUUGUCAUACCUGUCAAGUUGUAUUUACUGUACAGAAUAUCUGUUUUUUUCCAAUAAAAUAAUGCACACACUUAAAGCA